AUGAUACGUAAAACGAGUGGAAUAAUGACGAAAAUCCUCAGACUCCCCGUCCAAUUUCCGUUAGUACGCGGCAUGGUGUCAUAUGCUGUCAUAUGGCCAACCUGCAGCAUCACCCAGGAAUACCUCGCAAAUGGUACACCAAUACAGAACGCGGAUUGGAACCGAGCCGCGCGCUUCGGCUUCUUCGGUACAUUUUUCAUGGCACCCGUCUUCUAUGGCUGGUUGAAAUUCUCGAGUAGGUUCUUUAAACGAAAAUCGUUGUUCACAGCAAUAAAAAGAGCAUUAAUCGAGCAAGUGUCAUACUCGCCGCUUGCUAUGGCGUAUUUCUUUUUCGGGAUGAGUUUGCUAGAAAAGAAGCCGAUUAAAGCUUGCAUGAAUGAGGUUAGGGAGAAGUUUUGGCCUACUUAUAAAAUCGGUGUUGUUUUCUGGCCAACGGCGCAGACUUUAAACUUUUAUUUUAUAUCAGAGAAGAAUCGUAUGGUGUUCGUAAGCGCGGCCAGCUUUGUGUGGACGAUAUAUUUGGCUCACAUGAAGGCAAAGAAGCAAAAGGGGGAAAUGAUUACAGAUGAUGAAAUAUCAUGA